GACACACAAACAAAACACAUGCGCACACGCACACCUUCAGGAAAAGCAAUGAAGUAUAUGGAUCUUGGGUUUUCCUGGACCUGGAUUGACGUCAACCAGUAACAGCAAAACUGUAAACAGUCGUCGCGUCGCGUUGCGUCGGUCGCCAUGGAUCUGUGCAACAUCAGCGCGCUGGGGGACUGUGCGGCGGCCAUGCUGGAACCCCUGGAGAUGGAGGUUCCGGAAUACCCGGAUGAGGACGAGAUUGAGUCGGUGGACAUCAGCGCGGCCGGCGGCGGCGCCAGCCUGAUGCCCGUGCCCCUGCGCGUCACCCUGGCCGCCAUCAUGAUCUUCAUGAUCACCAUCGGCUUCCUGGGCAACGCCAUCGUGUGCCUGAUCGUCUACCAGAAGCCCGCCAUGCGCUCGGCCAUCAACCUGCUGCUGGCCACGCUGGCCUUCUCCGACAUCAUGCUCUCGCUGCUCUGCAUGCCCUUCACCGCCGUCACCGUGGCGACCAGCGACUACCGCUUCGGCGGCGGCUUCUGCCGCACCUCGGUGAUGCUCUAUUGGCUCUUCGUGCUGGAAGGCGUGUCCAUCCUGCUGAUCAUCAGCGUGGACCGCUUCCUCAUCAUCGUGCAGCGGCAGGACAAGCUGACGCCGCACCGCGCCAAGGUGCUGAUCGCCGCCUCCUGGGUGCUGUCGCUGUGCGUGGCGCUGCCCUCGGUGGCGGGCUGGCGGUCGCAGGGCAGGGACGGCGCCGGCGGCCCCGGCAACAGGGGCGGCUACUACGAGGGGCUGCCGCACCAGCCGGCGCCGCCCCCCCGCGGGCCGCAGUGCAUCCUGGGCUACAGCGAGUCCCUGGCCGACCGCGGCUACACGGUGCUGCUGGCGGUGGCCGUGUUCUUCGUGCCCUUCAGCGUCAUGCUCUAUUCCUACCUGUGCAUCCUCAACACGGUGCGCCGCAACGCCACGCGCAUCCACAACCAGCAGCAGGCCGGCUUCGGGGCCACCUCCUCCUCCUCCACGCACAAGCUGGGCCUGACGGGCCUCCUGCAGCAGCAGCAGCAGCAACAGCAGCAACAGCAGCAGCAGCGGCCGCCGCGGGGCCUGAGCGUGGACAUGAGCUUCAAGACGCGCGCCUUCACCACCAUCCUCAUCCUCUUCAUUGGCUUCUCGGUCUGCUGGCUGCCGCACACGGUGGUGAGCCUGCUGGCCGUCUUCAGCCGCAAGUUCUACUUCAGCGCCGCCUUCUACCCGGUGAGCGUCGGGGCGCUGUGGCUCAGCUACCUGAAGGCCGUCUUCAACCCCGUCAUCUACUGCUGGAGGAUCCGCAAGUUCCGCGAGGCCUGCCUGGAGUUCAUGCCCAAGACGUGCCGCUUCUGCCCCAAGGUGCCGGGCCGCAGCCGGCGGCGGAUCCGGCCCAGCAACAUCUACAUCUGCAGCAGCGAGAGCCAAUCGGCUGUGUGAAGACCGACCGACCGAGUGACAUCAUAAUGGGAAGUGAUGACGUCAUAAAGGAGAAAAAAAAUUAACAAAACAAAACAGGAAGAGAGGAAGGGCUACAAGUCUGAGUAUUUGCUGUGCUUGUUACUACUAUGGUUGUUGAGUUUAAAAAAAAAAAAGUCACUUGAUGUCAAAGAGUUGGGACAGUGUUACUAAUGUAAUGUUUUGAUUUGCAAUCAUCCUUCUCCUGUAAUACAUCAGUGACCUGAUCACGAGAGGUUGUAUUAAUUUGUCCACUGUGAUCACAUGCCAUACUUUUUUAUGCAACAUCUUUUUAUUUUCAUUUUUUACGGGUGGCCUAACUGUGAAGAACACAUACGGUAUGUUCUUUCCUGUGUCAUUACCUUCCCUGAAGGUGUGUUUUAGUCCAUGCACAUCCUGCCAUUUGUGAUUGUAAAUGGACUUUAAAAAAAAAAAACCUUAUAUUUGCUUUACUGCAAUUGAAACAAGAGCAAACAAAUCGGAGAGCACUGGGAUAUAGUAAAACCCCCACCUUCCUCUCACUCGUUUUAAGAGAGGCAGAGAUGGUGGGCUUAAAAUCUGGGAGAAGGAGGAUCUCUUUCUCUCUCUCUCUCUCUCUCUCUCUCUCUCUCUCUCUCUCUGCCAUUCAGUUCCAUGCGAAGCUGUUCCAUUUGAGCACCAAAAUAAUGGGAGUUACGGCGUGUCAAGAAAUCAACAUGUUUGCAUAUGUGUACAUACAUACAUAAUAUAUUAUAAAAUAUGUUAUAUAAUAUAUAUCAUACUAUAUAUAUAUUAUUAUGAUAAUAAAAUACAUAUUAUGUUUUUGACAACCAAGGACAACACGAACAAGGUUUAUAACCCUGAAUGUUACAAGUCAAUCGUCUGUACAUCAGAGCAAUAUAACCAUGAUUU